GUCACCGCGUCUCUCAGUAAACGCAGCCGUGUACCGGACAGUUUUCCAGACAUUACCGAACAACGACUAAUGUGUUUCAGAGAUAAAGAUGGCCUCUCCUCAGCCUGGCAGCCCACCUCCUGCAGAGCAGAUAAAACAGGAUAAAGAGAGCCUGGAAGAUGAGGCAGAGUCAGAGGACCAGCCUGUGAAGAAACGUGGUCGAGGAAGGCCUCCAAAAGCCAAAGCUCCCUUUAAAUGCUCUACAUGCCCAAAGGCUUUCAGGAUUCGAUCAGCUCUGCAGAGACAUGAGCUUGCGGCACAUGCGACGGACCAUCAGCAGCAACACACCUGCUCUCAUUGUACCAAAACCUUCACCAGCAAGGCUCAGCUCUCGAAGCAUGAGCGCACUCACUCGUCCCAGCGCCCCUUUCAGUGUCCCAACUGUCACAAGGCUUACAAGACCCCCACGGAGCUACGCAACCAUAGCCGCUCUCACACUGGGGAGAAACCGUUCAUAUGCACAGAGUGUGGGAAGGCCUUCAUGCAGGCGAUAUGCCUGAGGAUCCAUAUGACACAACACAGUGGAGACCGUCCUUACUGUUGUCGUCAGUGCUCUAAGAGCUACCCCACCCUCUCCAAACUGAAGGUGCACAUGCGCUCUCACACUGGAGAAAAGCCAUACUUCUGCGCUGAGUGUGGUAAGAGUUUUGCCGAUCCCUCUGUGUUCCGAAAACAUAGGAGGAACCACCAGGGCCAUCGGCCAUAUGCCUGUGACAAGUGUGGGAAAACGUACACAGAGUUUAAGGAUCUGAAAAACCACGAGCGCUCCCACACUGGAGAAAAGCCAUACCUGUGCUCUGACUGUGGAAAAGCCUUCUCUCGCUCCUCCUCUCUGGCCUGUCAUCAGCGUAUUCACUCCCAGAAUAAACCGUAUCAGUGUGAGCAGUGUGGCAAAUGCUUCACCCAGCUUUCCUCCUACCAGCCUCAUCUCCGCACUCACUCUGGCGAGAAGCCCUUCCUCUGUCCACAGUGUGGCAAGAUGUUUUCUGACCCGUCCAGUUUCCGUCGCCACCAGCGAGCACACUUGGGUUUCAAGCCCUAUCCCUGCGAUAAGUGCGCCAAAAGGUUCCGGCAGCCGGCUGAUCUGGCUGUGCAUGAACGUGUUCACUCUGGAGAGCGGCCUUACAAGUGCCAGAGCUGUGACAAGGCCUUUGUGGCGUCUUGGGAUUUGCGGCGCCACAUGCUUGUCCACACAGGACUCAAGCCUUUUUCUUGCACCGAGUGUGACAAGUCAUUUGCAGAGCGCUCCAGUCUCAACAAGCACCGGCGUGUGCACUCCGGAGAAAGGCCUUUCAAAUGUAAGGAGUGUCAGAAGUCAUUUGUUGUGUCCUCCAGCCUGCGCAAACAUGAGAAAACUCACCUAGCUGAACAGACUGAGCAGCAGCAGCAGCAGCAGCAACAACAACAACAACAACAGGAGACAGAAGUAGGAUCUGCUUCAGGCUUUACAACCCACACAACUCUCCCUCAGUUCUCUUGUACACAUUGUGAUGCUACAUUUGGAACCUGGGAUGAAGUUCAGACCCAUGAAAGUCUUCACUCCAUGGACGCCACCGCUCCGACUGUUACCAAACUUGUGCCGCUGUGCUCGCACGUCUGCGAAACCUGCCAGGCAGAGUUUGCACAGCUGGCAGAUUUACAGGAGCACGAGAAGCAGCAUCCCAAACCGAGGCCUCACGUCUGCACGAGCUGUGGCAAAGGCUUCCUCAACAAAUCUGGACUACGUAAACACCAGAAGAUCCACUCCACCAAUAAACCACACAGCUGUUCCCACUGUGGCAAAGCCUUUCUGUUUGCUGCCUACCUUCGCAAGCACUUACGGACUCACGGAGAUGCUUCACAACCCGCCCAACACAUCAGUGACCUACACAUUAUUCACACAGACCCACUUCCUUCCCCUCCGCCACCAAGCGAGGAUUCCCCCUCCACGGUUGAAGCCAGCACCAUUCCCCUGACGGUUCCUGUACCUGUACCUGUGUCUGCCUUUCAGACUCUGCCAGAGUACCUGGUGAAGGAGGAGGGACUUUGAAGGUUUUUUAGAACUUUGAUUCACAAAUAUUUAUCCAGUGACCUUAAAUCUUUUGUGAAGAAAAAAAAAAAAAAGCACAGACCUUUUUUGUGAGAUGUUACAUAUUUUGUCCAUAUUUAAAAACAUACAACGAUAUAAGUAGCUUAUUAAGGAACUGUUUUUUAUGUUGUAACCAAACAUACAGUAUGUCAUUACUGUAAAAUCUCACUUGAAUCAAUAGGCAAGCCCGUUUUUAUUGCAUUUUAAUCGUAGCAUGUCUUAAAGGCUUUUUCAUUUCAUUAUUAUUUUUUCAUUUGUAUAAAAUAUGUCAUUUUCCACGUCUAGAGUGGCAUUCCGAGUUGUUCCGUGGAAUCCAGUUUUUUUUGUACAAAUGAAAAUGUCUACGUGUAAAAAAGUAAAAGUGACAGUAAGAUGUUUUGCUCCCCGAUAUUAAAAACUAACCUAAUAAUGAA